AAGUAUUUUUCCAAAACUUCCAUAUAUACGCUAUCUAUGUUUUCUAGUCUUCCAUAUAAUAUUUUCUCUUUCCAAGAGGCAACCUUACCUCGUAUUAUUGUAAAAGAAAAAGUCUCAAUUAUUGAAACCCUUCCCAUCCCAACCAAGUCUUCCUACCCAUAUAUAUACUAAUAAUAAUACUACACAAACCAAAUAUCUAUCUACUAUACACGAGCUUUGCUUUAUUUGAGCCUAUUUUAUCAUGGACCUACACAGAACUUCCAGUGCAGUUCAUGAUCAUAAUGAUCAUGAUCAUCAUCUGAAAGAGAAGGAGAGGAUGAGAAAGAGUAGUAAAAGGAAAAGUUCAGAGAUUAGUGUGAAGGUUGUGCACAUAUCUAGCCCUGUAAAGGUGAAGACAAGUGCCUCCAAGUUCAGAGCUCUUGUUCAAGAACUCACGGGUCGGGACUCCGAUGUGUCACGGUUUGUGGAGGAAGGAAGAAGAUCAGAAGAAGGAAGAUUAAUGAAGUCACCCAAUGAUCAGCUUUUGGCUCCGACUUAUCAAAGCAACGACUCACCCACAACCACAAGCUUCGCCUCCGACUCUGACUCUUUCUUUUAUGAUGAUUUAUUAAUCACCACCUCUCAUGCUAAUGCUCAUGUUGAAGAGAGCUUAAUGGGAUUGGGGAUAGGGAACUUCCCAUAAUCAAGUUUGUCAUUUGAAGCUUCUGAUUUUGAUGUGCUUGCACUUGGGACCAAUGCUUAACUUGUACUCCUGUAAAUUUUGUAUGUUUCCACUUCCCAAUUAUUGGGAGAUGUUAUAUAUAUUAGUCAUAUUAUUAGUAUCAAUUUUUUUAUAUCUUGUUCAA